AUGACCUUCGUGAUCCUCCCCGGAGAGGAAACAGUGUUUACAACAAUCGAAAUAACCACUACGAGGCAGAUCACGGCGACAGCUUCCAAUUCUAUCGUCUCGAGCACACGCACUACAUCCACGGGAGGAGCUGCUGCUUCAGAGACAACCCCGACUAUCGUCCAAUCCGUCCCCUCAUCGGGAGUUUCCACCGGUGCCAUUGCUGGGGCUGCGGUCGGCUGUGCAGUCGCUGGACUGAUAUUUGGGUUUGUCGUCGCCUGGCUUCUCCUUCGCCGUCGUUGGAGGAAGAACGAUACUGGCCGACCGGACGGUGUAGCUGCCAUUGCUACCACCCCUGAGUCAAAGGAUUAUGCGAGCGUCUCCGUCACUCCCUCUGGUAGUGAAGCCCAAAUCGACCAGUUCCUGUUGAUCGCAACACCCGACAAGGAAAUUGGGACAGAAUUACAGUCGCUAGGAGACCUCAUCCACCAGCACGUCGAAAACCACUACGAGUUCGGACCGUCACCCGCCAGCGCAUCGGUCCUGUCGCAAAGCCUCGUCAAUCUCGGUUUUACACAAGGCUCGGGUCUGAGUGCAAAUGCCCUUGCUGCCUUGUGUAUCCGACCGGAAUCGCGUCAAGCCGGCUUACGACAUGUUCUCUCGCACAUCAUCUUCAGGAGCAUCGACCUCAACUCGCGAAGCUCUCUCUCCAUGCUUCCUGCACCUCUCGCGGCCUUUCUUCAGUCGAUCCCUCCAGCUGAGCAACAGCACACCAACCUUCUAGUUACAUCUCUUGCGUUGUCCAAAUGGCGCAGUCUCUCUGCCCUGCUUCUCCACCCCAACCCUGUCGAACGGAGCCCACUUCCCGUCUCCGAGGACGUGGUAGGCCCUCAAGCUCUGGCCCUGGCAAACGCUCUCAACACCUUCCUCCACCACUUCGUCGCAUCAGACGAGCAGACGAGCCACUUGCAAGCGGUCAUCAUCGAGUGUACAAAGCUUGGCUACGUGCUGCUUUCGCAACCGAGUGACUGGCAGUUUGUGUUUGAAACUGACGGCGCAAGUACAAGGAAGCAGCCGGUGGUGGUCUGCGCUGGAUUGGAAAAACUCGGCCACGGGGAUGGAACGCGAUACAGCUCUCCGCGACGAGUUGUGGAGCCCCUUGUUACUUCCGUCUAA